AUGUCCGAAGUAUCCUCCCUGUGGUGGACCGACGAGAGAAUAGAAGCAACCCUCUGCCGCCAGUACGUCUUUUCGCAACUCCAACCCGAGCAUCAAUCGCGCCUCUUUCAGCCUCUCCCUUGGGGCGAAGGUCUCACCAGCGAGAGCUAUCUCGAAUGGAUCCUCACAAAAGCCGGCAAGCUCUUCCUCAUUCUGAUCGAGCUCGGUAUCCCGCAUCGCAUCUUUGACUUGGCGGAUGAUUUUGUAGAUGACUCGGAUCUCCCCUUUGCCGAGUCUCGAGUGCCUGAUUUACCAUUAAUACCGCGGGAUGAGUCCGUUUCGUCGUCAUCGGCUGCGGCGUCGUUGAAUAAUAGAUUCUUCCUCACGCAAUGGCGAUACCUCGUUCGCGGCAUCGCGGAAGGCGAACAUGUGCGAUAUACUGAGAACGAAGGUGUCCCCGUCGAAGUGCUAAAGACUGGUUUGGUGGGUGGGAACAAUAACAGGGACGGGGUUGAGAAGGUCGUGCUGUCAGGCGCGACGUGUCGUGUCUUUCUUCGCACGCAGGUAGGCAUCAAUGCUGCACCGUACUUUUCCGAGGAAGAUGAAGUCCUCGAAGAGAUUCGGUCGUUGAGACAACUUGCGCAUGAGCAUGUUCUUUCUAUAUAUGGCUCGUAUACCGCGGACAACAACAUCAAUGUUCUUUUCAGCGGCGUGUAUGAGCGCUCGUUGAUGAGCUUUCUGUCUGAUACGCCUCAAAACUUUAAGAAACUUCCCAAACCGGAUCGACGUGAGAUCCUGGUCAACUGGCCUCAUUGUUUGGCUAGUGGAUUGGCCUGGCUUCAUGCCAAUGGUCACCCGCAUGGAUCCAUUCGACCAUCCAAUGUCCUGAUUGAUGCUGACUAUCGUAUCUUCCUGGGUCAUUUCGAGGGUUUGGAUACCCUGCUUGACUCCCCCAAGAUAAACGACAUUGAAGCAUACCAGUAUGCUGCGCCGGAGCGCUGGAUCCGUACAACAGCUAUCCAAGAAACGAACGGAGCAAAGGCUUCAUUUCAUUCUGGCGGCCGGACAAUGCGUGGUGGCCCGGCGUCGUCGUCUUCAUCCUCAUCCUCAUCCGCAUCCCCCAAAACACCUCGAGCCAGCUGGGCGACAGCUGCAUCAACGCACUCUAGCGAAUCAAGGGGGACGGUAAUCCGAGUUGGUUCGAGGAAUUCAUUAGUCUCUUCCUCCUCAUCCUCUGCAUCAGGGGGUUCGGGGGGUAGUCACGGUAAAUCCGCACAUAAACUCUUCCGCACAAAACCAAUCCUCUACACACCAUCCAUCCAUUCCUCAAACCUGGCAUCCGACUCUCGAACUCGACCCGUAACUGCCCCUGAAAGUGCAGCUUCCAUCCCCUUCGUACCACACAACACAGCCCUCGUGCGAACCUGGCAAUCCCAACAAGUCAACGCACAACUAUCCGAUAUUUUUUCUCUGGGUGCCAUAAUCACAGAUAUUUUCACCUUUCUCUGCGAACGCAAAAUCUCAUCCUUCGCAAGCCAUCGAAGCGCCAAAAACCGUACCCCGGGUCGCGGAGGGGGUGUGGCAGAUGCUUCGUUUCAUCUCAUCACGAACCUGCCGCAAGUGACGUCGUGGCUUACGCUGCUAACAGCAGACUCCAAAAAGCGCAAGGGUCUUGCGUUUAGGGCCGUUGAUCCCAUGCUCGCUGUUGUCCGAGACAUGAUAGCGCGCGACCCUGAGAGACGACCUUCUGCAGAAGAGGUAGAAGCUGGGUUUUCGCAUACCAUUCGACAGUUGGAAGGCAUUAUUGUUGCGCAUUGUAAACAGACUCCUUCAAACCCUGCCGUUGGGUUUGAAUCGAAGAAACCCGUCACGCCACCUGGGCCGAUGGACAUUUCAUUACCACCGUCUCCAACUCUCCAUCCAAGGGAGUAUAACGGUGUCCGCGGAGGAGGGCCACGGGCUAGACGACAAGAGAUCCUCGACGACGAAGUUCUCGAGCCCAUGCACCACAGCCAACACCCCAACUUUGCCGAUCUUUCCGACAAACGCGCUAGACCAAGAGACCAACAGCGAGGAGCAUUGCACCGUCUAGAUCUGGGUGGAUCCAACUUUGACUUUGGCUUCGCCUCAAGACAACAACAACAACACUACUACCCACGAGACGAUCAAAGCCCUACUAGCACCUCAACCGACUCAUCAGCCACCUCGCUACCUUCAUCAUCCGGGAAUUCAUAUUCAUCACUCCAUAAUCAGGAGCAAAUGCUCGGCAUGCGCCAAUACCGCCAGCAAAGGAGACAGAACAAAGACAACAAGAAAUACCCCCUCAAGGACGACGGAUACCGAGACAAGAGGGACCAGGAUAUAGUCACAAUAGACGAAACAAUCCUUCAUCUCCGCAAGGCGCUCGAAGUGAAACUGAGCCAUGAUUACGAUGAUGACCACAACGACGACAACAACAACUACAACUACAACGACGAGGAUGAACGGAAGAGAAGAAGAAUAAGGGAUGAGAGGAGGCGGUACUUGGAGGAUUUGGCGCUGCGUUUGAAUGGGAGUAAUAUGAGUCUACCUAGAUAUGAGGCGUAA